AACAAGAAAAAGCAAGAGUCCCCAACAAGUGUCACUAGUGACGGGUGGAGUGUAAGAUGAAAACAACCUGAACCGCACAAAAUUGCAUUAAUUCGUGUCUAGUGAUCUACUCUAGUUUACUCUUCCGAUAUCAACAUCGACCAAAAAUCAACCAAAAAAUACAGAGUAGAAAAGAAGAAAACAGAAAGUAUUGCUUAUAUCUUAGUUUUAUUCAGAGUUUUUGCGGAAUUCGGAUUGAUGGGAGAUGUGGCACGAAAAAUGAAAGAUUGAUGAACUGCUUCUGUUGGGUCAGAGGCGAUCACAGCCUAGGACCCAUCAUCGCCAUGGAUGAACUGUUGUUACCUGGGUCACUGGGAACGAGUACAAGCUUGACGCUACGAUUGGGACAAGCUAUUUUCUCUUCUGCUUCUCUGUUGUUUAUAUCUUUUGGUGUUGAAUUUUACAGCUAUACUGCCUUCUGCUACUUGGUAACAGUCAUGGGUUUAGUGCUUCCAUGGAGUUUUACACUGGCAAUGGUGGAUGCAUAUUCGCUUUGUGCAAAGUGUCCUCUUCGGCAACCAGGAAUUCUGUGGAUCAUUAUAAUGGGAGAUUGGGUUUUAUCAAUUCUUGCCUUAGCAGCAGCUUGCUCUACGGCUGCGGUGAUGGAUCUCUUGCUCCAAAAUGAUGGAAGCUAUUGUCCUCCAAAGUUCUGCAGCAGAUUAUGCUAUAAUGGCCGAUCAGCUAUUCAUUCUAUUGACAACAUCUGAUCUUGGCACAAGAAAUGCUGCUAGGCCAGCCAGGGGGAUGAAUGCACCUGUCGUCCCCUUCCUCCCGAUCCCUGAAGAAUCCCGAAGGAUCUACAUCUUCUGCAGGAAUAUAUUUGGUGGUCAUUAAACAGGCCUAAAACAUCUCCAUUUUCUGUCUGGCAGUUGCAUCUUCGAAGCAGUAAGAGUGCAAAACCCUCCUUGUGAAAUAAAACUAGUUUCCUUCAAGUGCAGAUUUGUGAAAUUAUGGCUGGUAUCUCAAAUUGUCACUAUCAUAAAACCUAUGGCUGGUAUCUGUAAUUGUCACUGUCAUAAAACUCCUAGACAAGAAGAAGUGGAUGAGUAAAUGCUUAGUAGUAUGGGGUUCCCACAACUCAAACUUUGCAAUAUGGUUGAACUUUGCAUCUUUUUCUAUCCACUUACUCCAACCCUACCAGUUCUUGUACCACUGCAAACCAUUGACAAGGAGCAAUGAAUACUUGCAAAGUUCGGCAGUAACUAGUCUACAGUUGCGUAAAAUAUGCUUCCUCAAGAGUUCAGAAAUCAUUAGGAACGGAUUCCACUUAUUGUGGUAACAUGAAGUAAACUAGUACGACCGUUGCCACGGUCGAAGGGCCGACCGAAGAAGAAUCUGAAGAUGGGGUUUGUCUGCGACUAUUUUUGUUCCGUUUAAGAAAAGGUGAUACUUUCACCCUGUUCAGAAAAAGUGAUACUUUCGCUCCGUUUUAGAAAAAGUGAUACUUUCUCCCUGUUUCGACAAAAAUGAUACUUUCUCCUCGUUUUGGAAAAAGUGAUACUUGCACCAUGUUUUUCUGAAACGAAGCCAAAGUAUCAUUUUUUCCGAAAGGGGCGAAAGUAUCACUUUUUCUGAAACGGGAUGUGAAAGUACCACUUUUUAUGAAACGAAAAAUUAGUCGAUCCAUAAACCAAAAUAUGAUUGCAUGAUGUGUUAUGCACCCUUUGUGCUGGUUUGCGUAAUGGCUAUGCAUUCAAUUUUCGAGAAUUGUGCCUAAAAUGAAAAUAUCGUUUUUCUGGGGAGUA